AUGCCUCGGGCUGUCGGGGGCCUGCGAGCCGCCCUGACCGCCACCGCCGCCGCCGCUGCUAAUAAUUUCAACCUCGCGCUCGUGCUGCUGCUCACGGCGACCAGGGCCGCUUUACCCCCUGGCGCAGAGGACGAGAUCGUGGUUAUUGAACACUUGCCAGGCCGACGGGUGCACCUGCAGGACUUCUUCUGGACGGGCGCCGAGGACGCACCACCCUGGCUCGAUCCGGAGAACACCCUGACGCUGUAUCAGACGCACACAGUCCACCACACGGCGACCGUCUACGUGCCCGAGGAGCCGUCGAAAGUCAGCGUCGGUGGUGGUGCCGGCGCUGGAGUCGAUCAGCAGGGGGCCACGAGGCCCAUCGACUGCGCCUCGUGCAUCGACCCGACCCCGACCAUAUUCAACGAGGUUGAUCAAAAUGUCGGUGUUCUCGUCAGCGAGGAUCCUGGCCAGAGGUAUUGGCUGUUAACCGUACUGGAGGAAGGCGAGGACGUGCCAUCGAAAAUCGAGCUGCGGCUCGCUCGACUGUACAAGGCGGCCUUUACGAGACAGCAGCAGAAACACUUGGGUCUGCUGCCCGACAGUCGUAACAGAAAGGCUAAUCCCAAGCGUCACAUUUUCUUCGACGAAUUGCCUACGUUACCACCGCCUACGACGGCGUCUAAUGGUGACGAAAAUUCGGAAAAUGAGACGAACUCGACGACGAUGCCGACCACUACGACGACUACGACGACGAUUGUAGCGCAUCACCAGUGGAAGACUUCGCACCUGUUGCACAUGCGCUCGGUGCCGAUGCGCAAGAGCAAACGCACCAUUCCCAUAAUCGAGGCGCGAGAUUUCGAGGAACUGGCCCUGAAUCCCGUCGUCAUAAUGUCCAACGAGACGGCCUCGAGGCAGAUGCGCGCCUCCUCCUCGUCGGCCGUCGACGUCGGCCUCGUGCAGGUGCGCAUGCAGAACACGUCGCGCCUGGAGAGCGGCGCGACCAAGCUCAUCUACACGGUGCAUCUGGGCGGCAAGCCGGUGCCGGCCGAGACAGCGGCCAAGGACAUGGCCCUGCUGUCGCCGCAAGAGGUCGCCCUCGAGCUCGGCACUCCGGUGCUCAUAUCCAGCGAACCAUUUCUAAAGGAGUCGCGUCCGAUGGCCCUGUCGCGUCAACGGGACGUCUGGGUGCUGAUCGGGGCCGCGAGCGCCGCCUUCUUCCUGCUGGCCGUGCUCCUCGCGGGCCUGUUCAUCUACACGAAGCGCAAACGGACCCAGAGCGCCGUCAACAACGGCAGCAGCCGCAGCAACGGCCGAGCGGCACUGACGCGCUCGCACAAGGACGAGGAGACUUACGCGCCCACGACGUCGGGAAUCGACAAUACCGCCUACACCUCGGAGACCGACGGCAGGACGGAAGUGACGAGUGUACACGUCAGACGAGCGACGCCCGGCUCGCAGGACACACUCGAGGCCGCGCGCGAGCUCUACAGCGAGAACGAGCUCGAAAUCGAACGACUCAGGACGGCAUCGACUGCUACCGUCGCUGCUGCUACUGCAACUAGAAGUUACGGCAACGACAUCGUGGACGACGGCGGACAUCGAGUCACGCACUGGGACUCGGCGAGAGAUCGUCAACAAAGAUCGGCUACACAGAAGGGUAUACAAAGACAAACGAGUCAGACGAAAGAGCGAGAAGGCCCGAAGCUGCAGCAGCGUCCUUUUUCCGCGACGGAUUCGAUCGAUUCGAUCGGUGCUCCUCCCGGUCUGGAACGGGUGCAGAGCUUCGAGUCGUUGGAGGGCAAAGGCUUCGGAGAGUCGACCGCAGUGACUGCCGAGGCCACUGGAUCGCCGCACUCGUAUCUGUCCAUGCCGGCCUGCAAACAAUUUCCGAAUAUGCGCAGCGUCGAGCCACUUUCGAAACUCCUCGAGCCAGUUCAGGCGAAAAAUCUGGACGAGAUGCAUUCGCCCGAGAGGAGGGCGAGCAAUUACGAGCCGAACGACGUCGAGGGUUACUUUUCGCGAGCUCAGAGUGAGACGAAAGAUCCCGGAGUUCUGGGACCCAUCGUUUGGGAUUUGAAGAAACGAAGGGCUGCCGUGGACGGCAAUGGCGACCACGCAGCAGUCGGGCCAUCGUCGCCGCUGUCGUCCGAGGCUCGACGCCCACCUGAGGGAACGCUUGGCCGGACGCGUAGGCGCAUCAACGAAUUCAUCGAGGACUCCAUCGGUAUCUUUGGCGCUCGAGACUCGAGGCAGCAGCAACAGCAGCCACAGCAACGGCCACAACAGUUUCGGCACGUCCAACAGCAACAGCACCAGCGAGCGAUCGUCAACGGGGGACGAGGAGUUGUCCCUCAGUCGACGCGAACCACGACAUCAUCGCGUACGCAUUGUCACGCCGUACAGUACACCGAGAGCCGGGGCAAGUCCGCGCACGUAAAUCCAGCAGCUGCAGCAACAGCGGCAGCGGUCGCGAGCAGCAGUCGAGAUUCGAGCCGGCCACGUACUUCUUUGCCCCGGCGAGGAGACGCUGUCGUCGUCGGGGCGGUAGGCGGCCGCCAUCAUCACCAGCAACACCGCAACGCGGGCGCGGGGGCCGCCGCCGCUGCUGCUACUCAUCGUCAAGUGGCCGUCGUCGAUAUCCCGGAGACGGGCCAGCAAGUGGCGCCACACCCGCGAGGCGCCUGGGGCUCAAGACCAUUGAGCGCCGGCCCGUUCCAUCGGCCAAACGUGCCGGAGGUCGAGGUCGACCGGGUGCUCGCCGCCGACGCUCAGCUGAGAGCCGAGGAUCCCGCGAUUCCCCUCAUCGCCGCCAUCAAGAGGGAGCUGGGAAGGUUCUCCUGAGAAUGAGGCGGGUACGUUUGGAUUGACGCGAUGAGAUGCCUUUGAGCAGGAAUUAUAGAGUAUACCUUGAUAGAUUUUAUAAGUAACGCGAUUCAUUUUUUCGGCCAUUCGACGAUUGUUACUAAAUAUCGUUUUUCCAGAUAGUCAAAUUGUAACAUGCACGUAUAAUAUAACUCAUGAUUUUCAAUCAGUUCUUCCAUUUUAGAAAAUACGUUUAUCCAUACAAAACGUGCUGCGUCGUAAAAUCCAUGUAAACUGUAAAUAUUUCAUUUAAAUGCAAAAGUUACUUAUUCAUAUUCCUUUAUAAUGUUUUCCAGUGCAAUAUUCUGCCGUGUUAUUUUCUAAGUUAUUAUAAUCGUAGUAAUUGUAGCUCAUAUUUUGCGAUAAAAUUUUAUGAAAUUGUUAUCAGUUUUUCUGUAAAUAAUAUUGAGACAUGAGUUAUUCAUGAAUCAAAUUGAAUGUUAUGCUUAGGAUCCAAAACUUUUGGUCAAGUAAUUUCAGUUUUACGAUUGUGCAAAAAACUUGUAGUCUUCUUGUAAAUAUGUAAAUGUAAUAUCCCUUUCU